AUGGAUAUGACCUGCUCACGCCACGAACCGCUGCAGACCCUCCAAUCAACGCUGCUAUUGGGCGUGUCGCCAACAUCGCCCACCCUCUCCACCAUCCUCACACUCACCACCUCGGCCACCGCCCUAUACGGCAUCCACUACUUUGCCGCCGCUGCCAAGCCGCCGACCCUUGUCGUCCCAUCAUCGCCAUCGUCGCCACACUCAGUCCUGCUUGCCGCCGACGCGCUGCCCACUCUCCGCGAGCCGUACUACCCGCCGUUCCUCCUUGAUGGUGGCCAUACUCAGACGGUGCUCGCCGCCCGUCUCCGGCCUGUUCCGCGCGUCGACUACCUACGAACCUCGCUCUUUCUCGCCGAUGGCGGCAUGGUGGCGCUCGACUGGGCCACCAAGCCGGCUGACAUCACCCCGCACACCCCGGUCAUGCUUGUCCUCCACGGCCUCACCGGCGGCUCGGAUGAGGGCUACGUUCGUCUCGCCGUUCGAUCGGCACUUGCUAUGGGCUGGGCUCCGCUCGUCUUCAACUACCGCGGUGCUGCCGGGACCGACGUCCUCACCCCGCGCGGCUACUCAGCGUCCGCCACCGACGACCUCGACGCUGUCCUCGCCCACGUCAAGGCCAAGGCGCCACACUCGCCGCUUUUUGCCGUCGGCUUCUCGCUCGGUGCCAACAUCCUCUCACGCCACCUCUGCGACGCUGGCUCGGCCACCCCUGUCGACGCCGCCGUCGCCCUCUGCUGCCCAUUCUCCAUGAUCCGCAAGCCCGAGCACUCGCUCCCCUGGAUCUACGAGCGCAUCUUCACCGCAAAUCUCGUCCGCUUUGCCAAGCGCCACCCCAUGCUGGCCCACCACCCGCAAGUCAACCCGGCCGACCUCGACACCUGCCGCACCGUUCGCGACUUUGACGCUGCUGUCACCGUCCCGGUCUUUGGCCACAAGGACGUCGACGACUACUACCGUCAUGCUACCGUCGCUGGCCGCAUCUCCGGCAUCAAGAUCCCCACCCUCUUCCUCUCUGCCGCAGACGACCCCAUCGUUCCGGAGCCCAUCAUCCCCACCGACGACAUCGCCGCCAACCCGUACACCAUGGCCGCCAUCACCCGCCGCGGCGGCCACUGUGCCUGGCUCGAACACGCCGGUGUCUGGGGCCCGGCUUGGUCCGACCACGCCACUAUCGAGUUCUUUUCUGGCCUCCUCGACCAUAACCUCCUCCGCCGCGCCCCGGCCUCGUGA